AUGAUCGUCGUCCACACUCUCACUCUCUCCGUGGUGCUUGCGCCACACUUUUGCAACCCAGCCGUACCAGAUCCGCCUCGCCAAGAACGAGCUUUAUCGAUCUGAGUCCGUACCGGAAUGUCGACGGCCUCUCGGAGCUUUUCUUGCACUGUCCCAAGCAUACGAAACCGGUACGCUAUCUGUGCAUUGACUCUUCUGUACCAUAGCGCGUCCUGUGCCUUCCGAGCGCUUCAUGCCGAAACGAGAUAUAAGAUGAUGGAUGUGUCACAAUGGGUGGAACGAGUCGCAGCAAAAUCGGGGGCCGUCUGCGCGUUGAUGCGCCGCUAUGGCACGCACGCCUGCAUUUUGUGGGUUCGCGCUCACCCACCCACAUUUCGGACUGGCAUGGCCAGCAGAGGCUGGCUAGACUGUGUGACUGCAGAGAAGGGCAUCGCGAGCCAGAGCUGAUGCGUCCUACACGUAGAUCGCUUUUGCGUGGUUUGGCGAGCUCAAGUCAACUUGAUUAGUAGUCAAAUCAGUUCCGG